GCUGCUCCCACCGCGCACCCGGCGCGGACGUCGAUCAUCUGCUACUGGCUUAUCCCUGGAAUUGAUAUUUUCAUUUCAUUUUUCUUUUUUUUUUGUGGUUGCUUCACCAAAAGCUGCAAAGGCAAAGAAGCCCGUUCUCCUCUUUUCCUUUUUUUUAAUUUUUACGCAUGGAUGGGGAGACGCAGGUAGAGGGUCAGAGACGCGACUGAGGAGCCACUCUUGUGAAGUUUUGUAGAGGAGUGUCAUCCCGCGUCCCCGAGAUCAUGGCGGCCGGCACCCACUCCCCCGGGGGGCCGAAUGGCAUCAUACGGAGUCAGUCCUUUGCAGGCUUCAGCACGCUACAGGAACGCCGUUCACGGUGUAACUCUUUCAUGGGAAACACUGCGGUGCAGAAGAAGCCUCCGUCCAAGCCCAAGAAGGCCCACCUCUCGGGCCACAAGGGAGGCAGCAGCUCCAGAGAGCCCCAGCCCAAACGGCUGGAGGAGGUUUACGGCGCUCUCAAGCAAGGCCUGGAUGAAUAUCUUGAAGUUCAUCAAACAGAGCUGGACAAACUCAUGUGUCUGAUGAAGGACAUGAAGAGGAACUCCCGUCUGGGAGUGCUGUAUGAUCUUGACAAGCAAAUCAAGAGCAUUGAGAGGUACAUGAGACGCCUGGAGUUUCACAUUAGCAAGGUGGACGAGCUGUACGAGGCUUUCUGCAUCCAGAGCCGCUUGAGGGACGGUGCCAGCCGGAUGAAGCAGGCCUUCUCCUCCUCGCCCUCCACUAAAGCCACCAAAGAGAGCAUUGCAGAAGUCAACCGACGCUACAAGGAAUACACUGAGAACAUGAGCACAUUUGAGAGCGAGCUGGAGAACCUGCUCGGGGAGUUUCAUAUCAAAAUGAAGGGUUUGGCCGGCUUUGCAAGACUCUGCCCCGGAGACACAUAUGAGAUCUUCAUGCGGUACGGCCGUCAGCGGUGGAAACUGAAGGGGAGGAUAGAGGUGAAUUCCAGACAGACCUGGGACGGUGACGACAUGGUCUUCAUGCCUCUCAUCUCAGACCUGAUCAACAUCAAGGUGACGGAGCUCAAAGGUUUGGCCACUCACAUACUGGUGGGAAGCGUGAUCUGUGAGACCAAGGAGCUGUUCACGGCCAUGCCUCAGGUGGUGGCCGUGGACGUCAACGACCUGGGAACCAUCAAACUCAACCUGGAGGUGACGUGGUACCCCUUCGACGUUGAGGAUCUGACGCUGUCGUCUGGCAACUUGAGCAAAGCCACGGCUCUCCAGAGACGAGUGUCGGUCUACAGCCAGGGCACGCCGGAGACGCCCACCUUCCAGGAAAACUCCUUCUUUAAGUGGCAGCCACAUCCCGUGGAGCGACAGCGCCUCUCCUUCCUGCACAUGCUUCGAGACACGCUGCUAGAGAAACUAAGGCGCAGCCGCUCAUUUGGCGACCUGGCCCCGCUCCGGCCUAGGCCCAAAUCCAGUCUUGAGGUCUAUUCCACUUUACCAGACGACGUCUUUGAGAACGGCGGCUGCGGCAUCGCCGAGUGCAAGCGUCUAUCUUUCACCUUCUCCGAUACCUCCGGUUCUACUCCCAGCCCGGCGCCCAGCUCCUUCUCCCAGAGCCAGUCCAACCCUGAAAUCACCGUCACCCCUCCAGAGCCAGAGUCUCUGGCCACGCACAUCCUUCCAUCCAGGGAGAACUCUAUUGCAGAGGAGCAUUUAGUGGAGGAAGAGGAAGAGGAGGAGGAGGAGUAUGAAGAGGAUGGGGAGACGGGCAGUAGAGGCAGCAGAACCAGUCCCAGCCUCGCCAGCGACGAACCAGAUGCUGCAGAAGAUUCAGAGUGGGAGCGCACCGAGUCUCAGCGUAACUCCAGCUCUAACGGGGGCUCGGCCGCCCCCUCCCUGGGCUCCGACGGACACCUGUCCACGGUGGCUCCAGAGGACGUUUUCCUGGAUCAUGUUGACGAGCUGAAACCCGUGGAACUGGACACGGAGGAGCCGGGCAACCUCACUAGACAGCUGGUGAAGAGGCUGACCUCGUCAGAAAUGGUAGUUCCCGGCGGGAGCUGCACCGAGGGCGGAGGAAGCCUCGGGUGGGCCGGGGAGGGGAGCAGGGCUUUCCUGGAGAGCAGCCUGGAGGACGCCAUCCACAACCUGCUGACAAAGCUGGAGUCACUGACUCACCGCUGCAGAGAGCUGCAGGACCUGGAGCAGGAAGUGAUGCGUCUGGAGGACCUCCUCAAGUGUCGCCUCCCGGGCCACAGGAGUCGGUCGUCCAGCCUCAGUCUGACCGUGGAGAGCGCCCUGGAGAGCUUCGACUUCCUCAACACCUCUGACUUUGACGAUGAGGACACUGGCGACGAUAAUACCGGCCUUCCCCCACAGAGGUCUCCGCUCUUUGAUGCAGAUGGAGAGAGGAUUGGGGGCCAGCAUCCAGAGGCAAGAGGCCACCUGAGCGAAGCCCUGACGGAGGACACUGGGGUGGGCAACAGCGUUGCAGGAAGCCCCCUGCCGCUCACCACUGGAAAUGAAAACCUGGACGUGGCCAUCGUCAUUCACCUUCAGUACUGCGGUCACCUCAUACAGGUGUUGACCAGUGGGGUAAAUGCGUGGCGGCGCCGCGGCCUGCUCCUCAAACUGUCCGGACAGACCCAGCUGUUGGAGGAGGUUGCAGAGAUCAGUGUGGACAGACUGGGAGCAGUCACCUCUGCUGUUGACAUCCUCCCGGGCCUGGCAGAGCGGCCCAGGCUGAUGACGCUGUGGUCGGAGUGCAGUGGAUCUGCAGGGCUUUUCCACACCACGCUGGACCGAGUCCUCCAUCACUUGAGCCAGCGCUACACAGCAGCGCUGCAGGAAGGAUUCCCACACAGCGCUGACGCAGUAAUCAGAAUAGUAGUGGGGGAGAUGGUGGACAGGAGCGACCUGACGGAGGCCCGUGACCCUCUGGCUGUCGCUCUCUCUCAGGACGUCCUGACCGUGUUUCAGUUCCACAGCUACGUCUUACAACACGACCUCCAGGACAUGGAGACUCACCUGUUGCACCUGGCCAGAGAAGAGGUUUUUGCGGAGGGCUUGUGCAGUGGCGAUUCAUCUCGGUGUCUAGCAGAGCUGGAGGAGGUCCCUCUGUCGUCUCUCUGGCCUCGAAACGGCUCCUUGAAGGCCCUGGCCUCCCUGCUCGCUGCCGACGACUCUCGGGUUACCAAAGCAGCAGCUGACUACCUCUCUUCUGGCGGCUCCGACACGCACUUCAGGAGCAGGGCUGUGGAGUGCUACACCCAAGCACUGUCCGAGGCUGGGGUGCAGAGUCAGAGGGCCGCCUGCUCGGCUCUCAGCUGUCUGCAGGCGGCAGAGAGCAUCAAAGCGGUGAUAGCACUGUGUGAUUCAGCCGACGAGGAGCUUCGCCACGUCGCCAUAGAAACCCUCCUCACAUUUGGUGAGGAGGGGCGGCUGGCGUACGAGCAACUGGACACGGUGUCGGGGGAAAUGAUCCGCCUGGGCACGCGGCGAGGAAAUGCCGUCACCACUGCCUUCUGAGCCAUAACACCUCUCAAGACAUUAGAGACAGCAGUCCCCGCCCCAACAUCGGAUGGCCUGUUUAUAAGUUUGCUUGCUGGCAAGAUUUGUUGGGUUUUUUUUUUUUGUCUCCCCCACCCGCACAACUUCGGUUGUCACUUAUUCUCCAACUUAAAAAGACUUCUCACCAAACUAACUAUAUUAACCUUUAAGAGACGUAACCUCCAUCCACCCCUUCCGCUCACACACUUACUUUACACUCACUGUUCUUGAUCACGGUCAAUAUUGGACACUCCCUGCACUCCUAACUACCCUGCUUUCUGAGCCAGGCAGACCGGUCCGGUUAAGUGAAACUGGAAGUGAAGCUGGAAUAUGGUAGACUCUACCCAAAGCUGCUGAACAGACUGUGGAAAUCGAGCAAGGCAUCGUCACCCAUCAAAGGCCCUCUGUCAAGAAGCCGCUCACCGCAUACACACCUCUAAUAUCACUUACUCCAAUUAAGUAUAAUCUAAAUUGCUAAGCAGUUAUCUGUCACGUGAUGCGUUAUCUUUUUUAUAAUCACCACAACAUGUUUUAGUUGGUGGUUUUGCAUUAGAAAUGCUUUCUGAUGCUUGCACUGUUGUACGGCUUGUAAAUAUGGCAUAUUUUAGACAGCCGGUGUAAUAUAUGGUCGUGUUCAAAAAUGUAAUUUAAGUUAUGCUCUCUGGUACGUUUUAUUUUAAGUUUCAGGGAAUCUUGUUUGGCCGAAAGAAGAAGCUUAAGCGUUAUUUGGCAGGGAGAAAUAUUUUUAAGUUGAAGAUGGCUUCUUGGAGGAAGUGAGGUCAGAGAGCCGUUUACAGUAUUCCACGUGAAGAGGCGGAGCAGGCCGUCGACGGUGCCCACGGUUCACUCGCUCAGCAGUUUACAUCCGAGAUUGCCCGUGCUUGCAGUUUUAACAAAGUGCAAUUUUUCUGUACAUAUGUGAUUCUUUUUUUUGCACCUGGCUGAUGUGAGAAGCCCCGUUUUAUACCGUCAGCUUUGACCACCUGAGCCUUGUUGUGGUUGAGCAGGCAGAUUCCACAGAUACACCGUUUUUUGUAAGUGUGUUGUUUUUACCCCCCCCCCCCACCAGGUCGGAGGCGGUCCAGGGCAAUAAGUUCAGAUAGGGAUUUCACGAGAAUGCACUUCCCCAGUGUUUGUACAAAGAAGAGGACUACUGCACCGAGUUACGGGUGUAUAACCUCAGUUUUGGCUGACUGCAUGUUUGUGCAGAAUGUAAGCUAACAGCAGGAUCAGAGAUUUUAGUCUUGGGUCUGCCUUUUUUUCUAGCAUCAGAAUAGUAAUUUGGGGAAACCUGACCUGAGAUAAGCAUCUAAUUCCAGCUUUUGUCAUAGCAGCUGUACUACUGAGUCUGGUGCUAAUGCACAACAAAACUCACAUGUGUUUCCAUAUCUUAUUUAUUAUUUACUCCGUGAAAUUCUAAUGCUUUUUGGAGUUACACUUUAGUUGUGCAGAUGGCAUCGUUCUGUAAAUUAUUUGUACAUUUGUGUUUUUAUUUUUUAGGUCUUGUAUUCGCAUUUGCAAUAUUUGGUUUAAAAAUGCCUUCAUCUGUUUGGAAACGAUCUCGUAUGUCAUGCUUAAUUUUAAUUGGAGUUUAUUUUGAAGGAAUUAUAUCAAAUGAAUUAUUUUGAAAAAGAUUAAGAUUUUCUAAUAGUGUAAGUGUUGUAGUUUUUCUUCCCCUAAAGGCUCCUAAAAUAUUGGGACUUUUAUACAUGACUUAUAAGCAGAGGAUUUAAUGGAACCAAAGGAAAGUUUGAUUUUAAAGUUGACUUUAAGAGCUCAUCUAGGAGAAUGUAUUUUCAACUUCUGUAUUUAGGCCAGAACACUCAGAACUAUCUCGAAGCACAAUAAAAAUAAAAAACCCAUAAUUGACGAGUCUUGUUACAUUUGGUUAUAACUGCACAAUCCUAAAGCCAUAUUAAAUAAGUGGUAUUUUUAUGGAAUAUAUUUUCUAUAAUCAGUAAAUUUGUGAAGUUAAGCUUUGUCAUUUAGCAAAAAAAAAAAGCUUCAUGUAAUACAGUAUUUUGGUCAAAUUCUUUUCAAGCCUGCAGUGGUCAAGUUUGAGAGCCAUUUGUUUCCUAAUCUCUGCACAUUUAGGGACUAAUUUUAAAAAUAACUUGAUAUUUUAAAAUAUCCAUCUGUGGUCAAAUGCUUUAGCACUGUUUUUCCCCUCUGUGGCCAGCAGUAUUUCUUCUGCUCAAACAUUGCAAUAAAGUUUAUUUUUGCAUAAUUAAA